CCCCCAAAAACCUAGUCAUCUCAGCAUGUCACCUCAGCAGUGAGAGCAGAAAAAUCAAAGGAGAGAAAGAGACAGAAAGAGAGAGAGGAGAGAGAGCUCUCCGUGUGAGAUGAGAAACUUUUUCCACGUCUGUAAACUUCACUGGUGGAUACAAAUUUGAGAGAAGAGAAGAGAAGAGAAGAGAAGAGAAGAGAAGAGAAGAGAAGAGAAGAGAAGAGAAGAGAAGAGAAGAGAAGAGAAGAGAAGAGAAGAGAAGAGAAGAGAAGAGAAGAGAAGAGAAGAGAAAAGAAGAGAAGAGAAGAGAAGAUCUAUAUUUGGCUGUUUUGACUUUCAUUAUUCAGAUCUGGGCAGUGUUUUCGUCUUUCCCAUGGCGGGCAGGUGGAACCUCCUGUUACUGGCUCUGUACCUCUCCCUCGUCACGGUCCUGUCAAUAGACUGUCCUGAAGGAUUUGGUGUUAGGAAGGGAAAAUGCAAUGAUGUUGAUGAAUGUGACGGCUAUGAAGAUGGUGAAAUUGGGCCAUGUGGAGAGAAUACAGUCUGUCGCAACACAAUCGGCAGCUUCUACUGCCAGUGUGUUGAUGGUUACCUGUCAACAACACAGACUGUGAAUUUCACCGCUGGAACACCUGCGACAUGUAUAGAUUUUGAUGAAUGUGCCGGCUAUGAAGAUGGUAAAAUUGGGCCAUGUGGAGAGAAUGCAGUCUGUCACAACUCAAUCGGCAGCUUCUACUGCCAGUGUGUUGAUGGUUACAUGUCAACAACACAGACUGGCAACACUAAAAUGGCAUUUCAGAACGGUGACAACGUUACAUGCAUAGAUAUUGAUGAGUGUCAAGAGGAAAAUGUUUGUGGGCAGAAUGCAAAAUGCAUCAACACACUGGGCAGUUAUUACUGUCUCUGCAAUAACGGCUUUGGACUGAAAUCCGGAAAACUCAACUUCACUGGGAGACAGGAGCAAUGCGAAGACAUAUGUAUGAUUGAUAAGACAAUCUGCGGAAAUGGAACCUGUCACCGUGGAGCCAGCGGCCAUUACUGUGCAUGCCAUGCAGGGUUCACUAACUAUGGCAACAAGGAGUAUCGUUGCACUGAGUUAAUCUGCGAUACAUUCAAAGAAAUGGAUGAUGUGAAACUCCAGACAUUUCAAUCUGCACGUGAUCUCCUGAUACAAUUGAAAAACAGCUGCCUGGAGCUUACAGAGAGUGAGAAUUCAACAUUGAACUUGGAUGGAAACAAUCUACUUGAGAGACUUUUGUCUGCAAUCGACGAGCUCUUGUUUAGUGGAGCCCUCAACGAUAACAAGAAAGUCUCCACCUUUCUGGACAUAGUGGAAAAUGCACUGAGACUGAUCGGACCUUUUAUUAAGCCCCCCAGGAAAACAAAACUCUCUGCUUACACAGAUCUGGAGCUGUUGGUACAUAAUCUACCAUUCCCCAAGGGAGCUGUGUCUUUAUCAUCAUCAUCUAAUCAAACCCGUGUGGGUAUGCAGUGGGAGACAGUUGCAGGAGAUCCCUCCCGUUACCCAGGCUUUGCAGCAGUGUCCUUGCUGAGCUAUGCAAACCUGAAUGACUCUGCAAAUGGCUUUUUUCAAGGGGUCAAACGAGAAAAAGGCAUAAAGGGCUUUAAGAUCAACUCCAAAAUCAUAACUGUCACUGUCAGUAACACAAACACCAGCCACCUAGAAGAGCCAGUCCAAAUAACUUUCUACCAUCUGAAUCAGGCAGAUAAAAAUAACCACACCUGUGUUUUCUGGGAUUCCUCGUUGGAUGAAGGCUCAUGGUCUGAUAAAGGUUGCUAUGUGAAGGAGUCCAACCUUGAAUACACUGUGUGUUCCUGCCACCAUCUGAGCAGCUUUGCCGUGCUCAUGGCUGUCUAUGAUAUUGAGACCAAGUUUGAGUUGCAGCUGAUCACCUGGGUGGGUCUGUCCCUUUCACUAGUUUGCCUGUUCAUUUGCAUCCUGACGUUCUCACUCAUCCGCUCCAUCCAGAGCCCAAGAACCACCAUCCACCUGCACCUCUGCAUCACCCUCUUCAUUGCCAACCUCAUCUUCCUUGCUGGCAUCUCUCAGACACAGAACAAGGUUGGCUGUGCAGUGGUAGCAGGGCUGCUACACUUCUUUUACCUGGCAGCAUUUUGCUGGAUGUGUCUGGAGGGCAUACAACUCUUCAGGAUGGUAGUCCUGGUAUUUAACACCAACUUCAAAACCCUCUACAUGAUGGCAGGUGGCUAUGGAGUCCCAGCUGUUAUUGUCGCUAUCUCUGCUUUGUCCAAUGCCAAAGGAUAUGGCACUGAGAAACAUUGCUGGUUAGACCUGAAAUUAAUUUGGACUUUUUUUGGCCCUGUCUGUGUCAUCAUUGUUGUAAACAUUGUCUUCUUUCUCAUCACUGUGUGGAAGUUGGCACAGAAGUUCUCAAGUUUAAAUCCUGAUCUGCAAAGCCUGCAGAAAAUAAAGGCGUUCAUCAUUACUGCAGUGGCUCAGCUCUGUGUGCUGGGCAUCAUGUGGAUCUUUGGUUGUUUCCAGUUUGAGGAGGGCACCAUAGUCAUGUCUUACUUGUUCACCAUCUUUGGCAGUCUUCAGGGGGUUCUGCUCUUCGUCAUGCACUGUCUGUUUUCUAAACAGGUGAGGGAUGAGUAUGGAAGCAUCCUGUCCAGAUUAUGUACACCUCAAAAGAAGAGAUAUUCAGAGUUCAGUCACUCCAGCAAAGCUCCGGCAUCCAAGAGCUCCCAGGACACAGGGGAGUCUCAUAUCUGAGGAGCUAAACGGCGACUUGUAGGCAAAGUCUGCCAUUUCAGGCAUACAGUGAACUGCUGUCCUCCCGUUAGCAGUCAAUGCACCAAUUAGCUUUUCUGUAAAAUGCUAUAAACAUUGUCAUUCUUUACUGUGCCUAUAUAAGCUAAAGCUACUGAAAUGAAACUGUUGCUCAUUACAAUUUCAAAAGCAUGAAGGGUUUCAAGUUUUAAAACAAGAAAAUCAGAUGUGAAAUUUGACAGCAUAAUACAGAUUUUGAUGUCAUUAUAAGUUAUUAUAAGUAUUUAUCUCAUUUUGGAGAAAGAAUUCUCCAAAUGUUUUUGUUUUUUUCAUUUGUUGAAAAACAUUGAACCAACGUUGGACAAAAAUAUGAAAAUCAUAAAUGAUAUGAUGAGGACCUGUUUUAUCAGGUAAAUCUAAUAUUGCUUGUUGUGUCAUCCAGGUACUUUUCCAAUCAGCAAAGACAAUCUGAAAGAUGAGAUUUCUGAGGCAAGCACCUUUUUCUGUAUAACCUUUCACCAUGUCCUAACAGUAUCUGAAUAUUACCAACAAAAAGGGGGGCAGUUAUGAGACAGAGAUGGAUUUUAAAUGCAUAUUUGUGUAUAUAUUGCUAUGCAAUUCAAUAUAUGUUAAUAAGUUACUGCAUUUCUGCUCAAUUUAUUGUACUGUAACAUUUGAAAUGUAUAUAGAGGGGUUUUUAUUUACGUACUGUAAGUUCAGAUCAUAAAUGUCUCAAAACUGGACUUUUUAUCCAUUGAAGUAUUGUUAUAAGCACUGAUAAGCAUAUGUGUGAGUUUUCCCAAGGAGGUCUGUUUUUUUACAGUUAAUUAUUUUUUUUGUCUUUGGUGUUAAUUAUUCUGCACAGAGGGGUUUUGUGUUUUCCAAGUUGUUAUUUUUUUACUUUAUUGCUUGAAAUUUGAACAUAAUAAAUAUUCUGAUGUACCUCAUGUUUAAAGGCUCCUUGAAAAGAUCCUCCCACCACUGGCCAUGAAAUAUAUUUAAUAUAGGUGAUAAAUUGUUGUGGGCAGCUUAAGAAAACAGGUUUUUUUUUAAGUUCUUCAUUUCAGAGAUUUUAAAUGUGUUACAUUUAGCAGAAAAUGUGGGCUCUGAUAAGAUAAAGUAAGAAUGUUAGGAGUUUAGUUAAAGAAAUAAAAGUCACUGCCAAACCCACACAA